GUUCUCCGCCUGAGUCUUGUAAGUGAGUAUUUAUAGGUGCUGAUUUGUCAGCGCCAUCAGUCGUUCCCAUUUAGGCGCAGCGACCCCACCUCCUGCGGCUAGUGGUCCAUCGCCAUUCCGUUCAUUCCGUCAGUUCCAUAUUUACACAUUCCUAAGUCUUCCAGGAUCUCUAACUCCAAAUCCCAUCGCACACAACUCUCACGUCACCGUUACCAACCGAUACUGUAAUUACGAAUUUCGCUGACGCAUCUCCAGUCAUCCACAGUCUCCGGAGCUCACAUUCCCGACGACCUACCGACUUUAUCUACUGAAAUUCUUUUUUCGUAACUUCUCACUAUUUUCCGCGGAUUCGUUAUGGGCGCAUCGUCUGACCCUUAUAUGGCGUACAGAGGAGGCAAGAUCUACCGAGGAGGCGACAAGCUGCAGGAUCCUUACUCCGUCAGAUAUGACGGAAUCGACCGGAUCUUAACCGGCCGGCCGCUUUCCGACGAUGGCGAAAACGACAGCAGUAGCGACUCCAGCAGCCCGAAGAAGCUUCGCCGAAGGACCCUGGCGUCCGACGUGCUCCCGCUCCCGCUCUGGCUGACCAACAUCGUCUUCCUGCUAACGUUUAUUUUCUCCUGCUGCUACCUCCUUCAGCAAUGGCGGGAGCAGCUUUACUCGUCUGAGAAGCUUCACGAAUUGUUAUGGCGCGACCUGGUCGCGGUUUGCCUCGGUAUGGGCUCCUUCAUUUAUCUUAUAAACUUCUUCGGGGUUGGAUAUGUACAGUCGGCCAUCGAGCAGAGUAUGAUUUCCGAGGAAGAUGUGAAGGAAAGAGAGGAAGAGGAGGAGGAAGAGGAGGAGGGGGAGGAGGAGGAGGAGGAAGAGGAGGAUCCGAAGAAGCUGCUUUUCCGCCAGGGGCGCACCGGUCCGCGCAGACACUACGUUCCGCCUCCCCCGGAGCCUCGGUAUAACCCGGUCCCGAGCCCAUCUCCUCCCGCUACAACCACAUCGGCUACAAGCACGCCCGCUCCCACGGCACCGAAGUCCUGCGGCGUCAAGCUACAAGACGUCCCGCUACAAGACCUCCCGGACGACGAUAUCGCGCACGCCGUCGCGCGCGGCGCCAUUCCCAUGCACUCCCUCGAGGCGCAACUCGGCAACACCCUCCGCGCCGCCGCGGUCCGGCGCCGCGCCGUGGAGAUUAAAACCGGCCGGUCCCUAUCCGGCCUCCCCCUCGAGAACUACGACUACGACGCGAUCCGCGGCGCGUGCUGCGAGAUGGUGAUCGGGCACGUGGCGGUGCCGGUGGGCGUAGCGGGGCCGCUGCGGCUGGACGGGGCAGACGUGUUUGUCCCCAUGGCCACCACCGAGGGCUGCCUCAUCGCCAGCACCAACCGCGGCUGCAAGGCCCUCUGCGCCGCCGGCGGAGCGCGCAGCGUGGUGCUGCGCGACGGCAUGACGCGCGCGCCCGCCGUGCAGCUGCCGUCGGCGCUGCGCGCGGCGGAGCUGAAAGCGUUUGCGGAGAGUCCGGAGAACUGGGACAUGCUGGCGGACGCGUUCAACAGCAGCAGCAGGUUCGCGCGGCUGCAGAGCAUCAGCGUGGCAGUCGCGGGGCGCACGGCGUUCGUGCGCGUGGAGAGCAGCACGGGCGACGCGAUGGGGAUGAACAUGGUGUCCAAGGGCACGCGCAACGUGCUCGGCGCGCUGCUGGGCGCGUUCCCGGACCUGCGCGUGGUGAGCAUGUCGGGCAACUACUGCGCCGACAAGAAGGCCACUGCCGUCAACUGGAUCCACGGCAGGGGGAAAUCCGUCGUCUGCGAAGCCACCAUCCCGGGCCACGUGGUGCGGUCGGUGCUCAAGACGUCAGUGGAGGCCCUGGUCGAGCUGAACACGACCAAGAACCUGGUGGGGUCGGCGAUGGCGGGCGCGGUGGGCGGGAGCAACGCGCACGCGGCCAACAUGGUGGCGGCGGUGUUCCUGGCCACGGGGCAGGACCCCGCACAGGUCGUCGAGAGUUCUCAGUGCCUCACGCUGCUGGAGCCUGCCAAUGGCGGCGCCGACCUGCACGCCUCUGUCACCAUGCCCUGCAUCGAGGUCGGCACUGUGGGGGGAGGAACCUUCCUAGCGCCGCAGGCGGCAGCGCUGUCCCUACUGGGAGUGAGGGGCGCACACUCGUCGCAGCCGGGGGCGAAUGCGCAGCAGCUGGCGCGGGUGGUGGCGGCAGCAGUGCUGGCGGGGGAGCUCUCCCUCUGCUCCGCCCUCGCCUCAGGCGACCUGGUCAACGCCCACCUCAAGUACAACCGCUCCACUGUUAAUGCCGCCUCCGCCUCAGCUGCUGCAGCUGGUGCUGCUGUUGCCGGUGCAAAGGAGUCCAGUGCUGUGAAGGAGGGUGCUCCGGAGGGCCUUUGCAUGGUCAGCAAAUGCUGAGCUGUGGCUAGCGGCUUCAGGGGUACAAUAGCUUUCUGUAGCCACCAAGGCUACAGAUGCCUGGUUCUUAGUGCCUGGUGCCUGAGUAGCCUAGCUAGAGCCGCCGUGUGGGAUUGCUGACUGUCGCUGCUGCCGCUGCUGGUGCUGUUGCUCUCUGCUGCUGCUGCUUUGCUUGCAGUAGUCUCUCCCUCUGCUGCUUGCUGUGCUGCAGUCAGCUAUCCCACAAGGCGGACUAGGGGUGGGCGCAUGCCUGUUUGUGUGCCCUGGACUGGUUUGAUUUCUUAUUGGUUUGGUUUGGUUUGGUUUGGUUUGUGCUGUGUCGUUGCUUGGUUGCUCUUGCUCCCAUCUGAACUGUCAUGCAUCUCCUGGAUUGAAUCGGUCAAAAUCUUGCUGACCAUAUCUUGUUACAUGACUAAAAAGUUAGAGCAUGUGCUUACCAGCCUCUUCC